CACCGGUCCAUUCGACAUAUAAGGUUAUUCGAACGGCAGGCUCCAGUCUCAACAAAUCCAACAUACUCUUCGGCUUACCUAUCUCAUAUCUACUUGCUAGUGACUGGCUAAGGACCAAGGACCGUGCGACGUCUAGUCCUAAACACACCAACCGACUUCCGAAAAGCCGUACUGACUGAGAGUCCUGUGGUCCAUUAGGUUUCCCGAUCUCUACGUUUAUUUGGGGUUUAGCUGCAAGGGCAUAUUAGUGAGCUGCGGCUUAGAGGUACUGACGAUAACAUGGCAGGCUUCAGCCGUUCAUUCAAGCCAUCUUCAUACCUGUCUUCUAUGAAAAGACGACCGCCUCCACCUUCGAGAAACAUGUCAAGUUCAUCCGAAGCGUCACCUCUCUCAUCACCCGAUAUCCGGCAAGACGAUAUUAUCUUCUCUACGAGACCUUCGCCAAAACUGUCGAUGGAUAAUCCAUCGCACAAACAACCCGAAUCUUCUCCGAAUCUUAGACCUAUUGGCGGGAAAAAAGAUCCGGUCCUUUUCGACGCUCCUAGAUCAACGCCUGCUCGAGCCAAACCGAUUGCAAUCGAGUUGCCCACUGUAAAGAAGGUUAAUAGUGCUCCUGUUUACACUCCACCUGCACCUCUUUCAGCUCGCGGCGAUCUUCCUGGUGGUUAUUUUCCCUUACAUGAAGAACAAGCCCGUAUUUAUCGUCCUCACCCGUUUCAGCUUGAUGCUUCCCAGGCCCGUAUGAAAUCUAUCGAACGUGCGAGCCAGUACGACUUCCCUGGCCCUGAGAAAACCACUUCCGCUAAAGCAUCGACGGGAGCUAUCCCUUCUACUACGGCCCCCAUAACUAUGUCAGAACGAUCCACGAAGCUUGCGCCACCAAAUGCCUCAAGCAUGCCAGAACCUAGUUUCAAUUCCAGGUCUAACACUCCCGUUGCUAGCUACAUGCCGACUGGCACACAGGACAGCCCUCUACCAAUGGGCAAGUAUUAUCCUUCCAACUAUGUGAAGAGGAAAGAAGAAAAGCGAAGCCGACAGACCCGCCCACCGACGUCGACCCCGUCGCCUCCGAUGGGAUCCAAGUCGGAAUCACUUGUAUCUACUACCAGAGACUCUUCUGCGUUGGGUCAUUCUCGGAAUGAGUCCGACGCGAAACGUAGAUUGCAGCAGUACCAACGCGAUAUGAUUGCUCAAGCAACGCUGGCUCUUAACGGUGGAAAUGUCAACGCGGCAGCGCUAAGUUCGUUGAGGACGAUCGGGUUUACAACCAUGCCCGGGCCGGGCAAGCCAAGACUGGCCCCUUUGGGAUCUCCUGGACCUGUGACACCUAUGGAACUCGAAAAUGCUCAAGAUGGUUAUUUAGGAGCACGAGGCGCUGCAGAUAUCCAAGUAGAAGAGAUCGCACGGGCUAUAAGAGCCGAAGAGGAACGCAAACGACGAGAGGGUACGACAUCACCCACCGUUGAGCUAGGACCUAGCACAUUCUAAGCCCCCCCGGCCGCCUUUGCGUAUGAUAAACAGCAUACGUCGCUGUUACUAGAUUUAUCGGGAUGGGAUGUUGUGAUUAAUCUGCCGUAUCGUCGUUU